UGCACUGUUUACUUCAGUUUACUCAAAUCAACGUGAACAUUUCGUCACGCCAUAUCUGGAUUAGUAGAGUGAUCAGCCAGUUACAAACAUGUUGACAUUUUGUCCAAUAUGUGCCAACGUUUUGGUUGUGGAAGAGGGGCCGAAGUGUUUACGUUUUGCGUGCAAUACGUGUCCGUACAUACAGAACAUUACAAGAAAGAUAUCUCACAAGAAGUACCCCAAGUUGAAGGAGGUGGAUGAUGUACUUGGUGGAGCUGAGGCCUGGGAGAAUGUUGACUCUACAGCAGAAAAAUGUCCAAAGUGUGACCAUCCUCGGGCAUUCUUCAUGCAGAUACAAACCAGGUCAGCUGAUGAGCCGAUGACAACGUUCUACAAGUGCUGCAACAUGCAGUGUGGCCAUCGGUGGAGAGACUGAGACAGGAUGUGGACAGGAAGAUGUCAUAGUAUGGCUAAAGUGGUACACCAGCCAGCUUGGUCUGUUUGAGGCUAGGAGAUAGCUGGAAUAAUGCUGACUUAGCACAAACACACAGAGAUGGGCUUACCAGAAUACAUGGAGACUUAUGUGAUGUUACAGAUUUGCCUGAAUUGAUGUUUGGGGCCACUAAUGAGACCACUGUUUACCAUCAGAGAAUUUCCACGUAUUCAUAUAUUGGUGUCCGCCUCAUUGAAGGUGACUGUGCAGGUUGCAUCCCUCAGGUGUACCAGAAAGAUGCGUUGACUCCAGAGACUUGCCAUGAUUGUGUCCAGGUUUGUGAGCACCAACUCAAAUGUAUGUGUGUGAAAGGUCUGAAGAUCUGAAUCAGUCUGGUGUUUACUCAAGCAUCAAGCUGACAUGAUAUGGCUGUGGAUUUAUUCCAAACUAUCUCAGUCACUUUGAAUGUUGGUUUUAUGGCACUCUCUGUACAGUGUUAAUAUUGCGUGUGAAUGCUGACUUGAAGCUUUACCUUAUCUGCAUUUAUAUUUUAAGAGUAUCAAAAUGGAGUCUUUACUGUGUAUAUUUCUGUAUUAAAAGGUAUACAAAGGA